AUGACUCACCUGCCCCCCAUAAAUCUUGUUGGUCUUAUCAACAGAUACGCUCCAGCUCAAGCGUCUAUCUUGCAGCAACUGGAGAUCCGAGAUAUCAUAUCCUUAUCUCGUGUGUGUAAGAAAUUGAGUCACGUCUACAACACCACAAUCAAAACUCAGUACAACAUCAAUAAUGGCUUGAGGCGGUUCUUCAAUUCACCAAUCGAAUUCCGAAACGUGCAAGCGGAAACUGAUGCCAUCAUCUGCAACAGCACCGCACUCUACUUCUUUCUUCGUAGACCCUUCACAGGAAUUUCGAUAUUUGUGGGCAAAGGAACAUCUGCUACAAGGAUGCUCGAUUACCUCAAGGAAGACGGUUGGCAUGAGAUCGGAGAAACUGUAGCGCAUGAGAAGGUAAGGAAGAAUGAGACAGAUAAUUGGAAUCCCUGCUUCUGUCCCCAUCUGUGUCUUGGGGCCACAUGCGAGUCUGCGCUUUCCACUGCGCUGUUCGAUCCACACGUCACAGAAGCACUCAACAUCAUAACGUGGUCACACGCGUAUUCACUUCUACCGUAUACAACUUUCAUCCUCAAACGCUCCUUUCUCUUAGAGAAUGCAGUCAAUCGUUCUCCGCAACGUCUGGGACAGGUAUUGCGGUCCAAGAAGCAUAUCCUCGAUCUACCAACUGAGCCUCUAGACCUUCGAGAUGCACAAAAUGCAAAUCCGACUGCACUUUCACCUCCAGCUCUCUCGAGGCAGCUAGUGUCCCGUGUAGACCACGGCCAUCGGCGCAUGGGAGAUAGACAUACAUGGACGAUAGCUUUGGAUACUGACGGAAUUCGUCAACCGACUAAAUCCACCAUCCCAAUUACCUACGCGAGCUUCCGGAUCAUACCUGAGCCCAACCCUCCACCCAUCGAAGACAACCAUGGAAGACUUCGAGACACACCAUCCUACUACUAUGUUCUCUUUAAUUCCGUCGCUGCCCAAUGUUUGAAGUACGAGUAUCUUGUCGAUCCUACCGAUGGUGGAAACCCUGCUUGUAGCAUUGUUGCAAGGCGGUACAAGGAGAUUAGUUUUACCCAGAUAGAGGCAUUGGAAGAUGUAGAGAAGCCACCACGUUGGAUAUCAAAUGGUUCGACUAGCUUGAGACAUGGGUGGGAAAAGUUUGGCUGCGAGGUACCUGUCAGUUGGAAGUGGUACGAUGAUGAGGUUGAGGAAUUGUUGAGGUCGCGAUGGGAUAGGGAUAGCCCGCUAGAGGGACGGCUGAUAUAG